GGGUUGAGUGCUCUCAGCUGUGGAGCUGCUGCUGCUUUGUCUUAUCUCUGGAGCUGGAAGGUCCAGAUCAGCUUCAAAAGUCGAAGCUUCAUGGACGAGUCGGCUCUAGAGAGGUACUUUGAUGAGUCCAUCAUACAUGACUCUAACUUUGGGUUGGAGGAGGAGCUUGAGCUCCAAGGUCCUCCCCGGCGUGUUCUGUCCUCCACCCCCUCCACGCAGCGCCCCUCCCAGCCGUCGGGGAAGACCGGCGCCAGCGGCAAAUCGGGCGACGAUCUGGACCUCAGCUUCCUGCCAGAUGAGCUUAGCGGUCAGAAUGAGGCUGGGUUUACAGGUGUGCUCACCUGCUCCCAGUCUGUUCCUACAAAGGUGCCCAACCACAGAGUAGCAGCAGGUGGAGGUGCUGAUCCUGCAGAGGACCAGCCUGAAGAUCCAGAGGUUUCUCAGGACAGCGGCGUCGCUCUGGACUGCAGCGCUCAGGUGUCAACCGCAGCUAAGCAGCUGCAGCACACACCUGCAUCAGAGCUCAACACGCUGGCCUCGCCCUUCUGCGUGAUGACCCCCAUGACCCCCAUGACACCGAUGACACCUGUCACUGAGGGAUCAGGAAUCGUUCCACAGCUCCAGAACAUCGUUUCCACGGUGACCCUGGGAUGUCCUCUGGAUCUGAAGUUCAUCGCCCGCCAGGCCAGAAACGCAGAGUACAACCCAAAGCGCUUCGCGGCGGUCAUCAUGAGAAUCCGCGAGCCCAGAACCACAGCACUCAUCUUCAGCUCAGGGAAGAUGGUCUGCACGGGGGCCAAGAGUGAGGAGGAGUCUCGACUGGCGGCCCGGAAGUACGCCCGUGUGGUCCAAAAGCUCGGGUUCUCGGCUCGCUUUCUGGAGUUUAAGAUCCAGAACAUGGUGGCCAGCUGUGACGUCUCCUUCCCCAUCAGGCUGGAGGGUUUGGUUCUGACCCACCAGCAGUUCAGCAGUUACGAACCGGAGCUGUUCCCAGGCCUCAUCUACCGGAUGGUGAAACCUCGCAUCGUCCUGCUCAUCUUUGUCUCUGGAAAGGUGGUUCUGACCGGAGCAAAAGAGCGAGCAGAAAUCUACGAGGCCUUUGAGAACAUCUACCCCAUCCUGAAGGGCUUCAGGAAACAGUGAGAGCGUCUUUGUGCGCACACAGAUUAUUUUGUUACGCCAUCUUGUUUCUAAUCUAAAGAAUUCAGAGUUUAUGAAAAAUAAAUGUGUUGUAACGGAGUUUCAGUCUUCGUUUCUCCCUCUGAAAGAACGGCUCUGGUCUCAGUAAUCUGCAGGUCUAGAGUGGAGCCGUUCUCUUCAGUCUUCUGAGGCUCUAAUCUUCCUUGAAGCUUCACUCCUCAAACGUCUCCAGACGGACCUUCAGGUUCUCCAGAAGGUCUGAAGACCCUCAGGAUCCAGAUGGAGAACGUGGACUUACUCUGGAUCAGAAUCUUAGAGGUCUGAUGUCAGAAAAGAUCAGAGCACAGCACAAAUUUACAAAUAUUUAUUUUGCAUUAAAAUUCACAUUUACAGAAGUGACCUCCAGGGGGCGCUGCUGAUGGCCUGCAGGCAUCACGUUGACCUGGAGGCUUCGCUCAGCGACUCCAGCAGCUGGAAGUAGUUAUACUUGAUAUCGUAGUCCAUGUCGUACCAGAAGUUCACUGAAAAAA